AUGAAAAAGGCGAUAAUGACAUGUCGCCCUUACAUGACUACAUUACUCCGACUACAAAAUUGGCAGAAAUGGAAGCACAAGUCUCCGGUGAUGGAGCCGAAGCCUACGUUGCCAUGGAAGUCCAAGAGCCAGAAACGGGCGCUUUAUUUCCUCACAUACAAGUGUAGCCAGAAGCUGAGCAACCAGAAUCAGAGAAGCUUCCUACUUCGAAAGAUGUGGACGGGUGCGGAGUAA